AUGCCGGACAGCGGGGCCGUCUACCAGCCGACCACCGUCGGCUACACGUACGACAGCGGCGGCGACGGCAGCGGCGGCGGCGGCGGCGUCGGCGGCGGCGGCGGCGCCGCCGGGCUGAGGCACGGCUUCUGGCGCGUCAUGUCCAGGCACAAGCUCAGCUCCAGGAAGUGGCUCGAGUGGACGCUGCUGUCGGUCGCGCUCUGCUUCUUCGUCGCCGGCCUCACGACCAUGCUCGUCAGCCUCGUCUCCGCGGACGACGCGUCCUCGGGGACGAGCGACGGCGCUGCUGCGGAGAUGAAGCCAGAGGGACACUCCACGUCGGCUCCGGAUGUACACGCCGAAAAUACGGGAAAGAGUUCCGUGGCGUUGGGCGCCGGGAUAAUGCUGGUCGGCGUGCUGCUCGGCUUCGUCUGGGCAUGGCUCACCUUCUUCCACCACAGCAAGUCGCCGAGGAAUGGCAUGACGAGCAGCAGCGGUCAGAUGUUGGGCGGUUUGAAUCCAUCGACUGACUUGCUGGUGGGUUCCACUUCGCAGUACGGGCCGGUACUCACCGAGGUGCCGAGCCAGCUGAAGAUAAAGCAAGCCAACGCGCACGACAUGCCGGCCAUACCGCUCUCCGACCAAGAGGAGGAAAUGCACACGCUAAUGCAGGACUCGGCGAGCCCGCCGUCGGUCUCCGUCGGGUCGAACGCCAUCGCUAAUCAAAUUCCAGGUUAAGUAGAACCGAGAAUCGCCCCCCCCCCUGUCCACCCCCCCGCGUGCACGAGCACGCGCGUGUACUUAAGCGCAUUUAUAAACACGAGGACAUAGCUUUCGUUUUAUAAAUUUUUCUAACACGUUCCAAGAGAUUUGCUUUGAUAUUCGCUUCGACGAUCUUGCGGGUUUCUCUCCGUUUUUCGUUUUAAGACACGAGAUGAGGGAGACUCUUCGUCGUCUCUCUUUUGAUCUUCGAUUCUUCUACCGUUUGACGUCGAUCCUGUGAUUCAGAAAUUUUUAUUCCAUUUCAGAAAGUUGGACACUUUUUUUUCUUCGUAAUUGAUAGAAGUUUUAUUUUAGACUUAGGCGAGUUGACGAGUGCGAUUUGAGAGAUCUCGUUUGUAGUAUAUUUAAGGCGUUAUAGUACUUAUUUUUGUCUUUUUUUUUUCACUUUUGUGCUUAUUGCAUUUCUUCAUUCCGUCCACUGUCGUCAUUUAAUAUGUUAAGUGAGCAUUGGAUCCAGAUAGAGAAAAAAAAGAACGCAGUACGCGUUACGAUGACGUCUCGUAAGUUUGAUAACAAUCUUUACAUCACAAGUACUGAAUUUAUUACGAGAUAUCUUUUAACUUAUAUUUAUAUUAUUAAAAUAUAAAAUUUUAUUUACACACACUGCAUAUACGCUUUAUGCAAAUUUGCACGCGUUCUAGGCGAAUCCUUGAAAAAAAAAA